AUGCCAACUGAAAGCGACGGCCAAGGCGAGUCGCCCCCAGACCCUGCCCACAGCGGGUCUGACCAAAUCCGGCCAAGAAACAGGAAUCGGCGAGGCAAGCAAAAGAACAACACCAAGUUUGGAGCUGCAUCUCAAUCCAAGCCCCCUUCAACUGUGGAACCAGAGCUCAAGGGAUAUUACUAUGAGCUCCCAAACGUGGAUCCAAGAGUGCCCCCAUUCCUCCAAGUCGUGAAGGCCCACAUUGCUUACUUCGUGUCAAACCGAAAGGAUGCUUCCGAUUACCUGAUGGUGGGAGAAUCAACUUCAACCGCCAAAGACCCAUUCUCUCUGCCUCCUUUGGUUGCACCAAACCUUCCGGAUUGGGACAACAAACAGGAAGAACAUGAUUACUUGAAGAAGGACAAAAAGUAUGAGGCGGAGAAGUCUGUGCGCAAGGCAAAUGAAGCAGCUCUUUGCGCAAUGUUGAAACGCCACUGCUCCGCAGCAUUCCUGAGCGCUGCUGAGAGCCAUCCAAAGUGGGGCACGGUCAUCGCGAACAACAGCUCAAUGGACAUGCUCAAGGUCUUCCAGAUCGUAGCGGCCACGGGCGGAUCCACCAACGUUGAUCCAACUAUGAUGGGUGUCGAAGCUCAAAGAAAGGCCUACACCUGCAAGCAGAAGGAAAACCAAACCAAUGCAGAGUACCUUCAAGUCUUCAUGCAGCUUUCCAAUACGGCCAGAUUCUGCGACUGCCCCAUGGGAGCCUCCCUAUCCAGGCUCAUUCAAGAGACCGGCAAAUCGGACCCAACACUGGCUGAACUGAGAGCGGUAGAAGAGAAGGUUGUGGAGAAGGAGAUGGCGAUGGCUUUUCUCCUCGGAGCAGACAGAAAGCGGUAUGGGGGCCUUAUUGCCCAGGCCAACAAUGCAAGACUGUUCAGCGGAAGCGACACGUUUCCCACCACCAUGUCAGGAGCUAUCGAAUUGCUCAACAACAGCAAGCCACUUGUUGCCUCGUAUCAUUCAAGCAUCCGCAGCUCGGAAAUCGGUGCGUCAUUCCUUGCCGACGGCCAGCCAUCCACUGAGAGCGGGACGGGCGGUCGCGGCGGCGGUCCCAACGGAAGAAGCGGCGGCGGUCGGAACGGCGGGCGCGGAAGCAGCGGGCGCGGUGGUCGCGGGCGAGAUUUUGAGCGACGUCCAAAUAGAAACCACGAACAACACGAAACUCACAUCACUGACACAUCCAACAAUAACAAUAACGAUGAAGUUGACGAGUAUUUGACCACUGAGGAACCUAGCGAUUCAACCAACCCAGUCAAUACUGACUCCAUAGCAGUCGAUGAAGACGUUUCCACCACUGAGCACCUCUUCCUCCAUUCCAACAACAAGUCGUAUGUGAAACUCAUUCCCAAGCGCCACCCGCAAUCAGGCCUACCGGUAACAUGGAUCGUUCUGGACACUGGGUCUACAGCAAACAUCUUUUGCAAUCGAUCACUACUACAAAACAUUCACAAGGUCCAACAUGGACUGAAGGUCCGAUGCAAUGCAGGGGUGGUACAAUUGAACAUGAAGGGAUAUUUUGGGGAUUAUCCGGAUCCAGUAUGGUUCAACCCCGAUGGGAUCGCCAACAUCCUAUCAUUCCAUGAUGUCAACAAGCACUACCACGUUGUGUAUGACAACAGGGGGGCAGAUCGAUUCGUGGUGGACUUUGGCGGUACCAAGAAGGUCGAAUUCCUCCCAACCGACAAGGGAUUGUAUCACAUCGACCUCGAUGACUACUGCAAGACGUCAUGGACGUUCCUGGAAACUGUGAAAGAGCAGAAAGCCAAGCACACCAAAGCGGCUGUAAUGCGAGCGGCGCAGGCUCGACACAUUCAAAACAUCAUCGGCCGACCAGGAGAUCGACGAUUCACUGAUAUCGUGAACAAAAAUCUGCUCCGUGACUGUCCUGUGACAGCGGAAGACAUCAGAGUGGCCCACAACAUUUAUGGACCUAAUCUCGGAUCGCUGAAAGGAAAAACCACUUCCCGCAAUGACAGCCACGUAAGGACCGAGGUGGGACCAAUUCCAGACCACAUCCAGCAACUCUAUUCAGAGGUCACAUUGGCAAUUGACAUAUUAUUUGUAAACAAAGUCCCGUUCCUGGUCAGCAUUUCCAGGCACCUGAAGUUCGGUACUGUGGAGCGCCUCACCAACCGACGCAUCAAGACCAUCACCGACAGUAUGCGCAAAGUAUUUGAACUGUACUCCCGACGCAACUUCAAAGUCACAUGCAUUCUUGGGGACCCAGAGUUUGAGCCUCUGAAACAACAAUUCCCCAACAUCCAGGUCGACUGCUGUGGUGCAGAUGAGCAUGUGCCGGAAGUAGAGCGUUUUAUCCGCACUAUCAAGGACAGGGUGCGCAGCACAUAUAACAUGCUGCCAUUUCGACGAAUUCCCAAACUGAUUCUAGAACACAUGAUUCGAAAUGCAGUGUUCUGGCUCAAUGCUUUCCCAGCAUUGGAUGGGGUUUCUGACACGCUUUCGCCUAAAUACAUUGUAACCGGAAGAAAUGUAAACAUGAAACUCCAUGUCCGCACCGAAUUCGGCGCAUAUGUCCAAACUCAUGAGGAACAUUCCAAUGAUAUGCGUGCACGCACGCUGGGCGCAAUAUGCCUUGGGCCCACUGGUGCAGCACAAGGCUCACACUAUUUCAUGAGCGUUGCAACCGGCAAGCGCAUCACAAGGCAACAUUGGACACCACUACCCAUGCCUACUGAUGUCAUCGAGGCCGUCAGCAACCGUGGACUACAACAGGGCAUGCCCACUACACUGACAUUUGCAGACCGACACGGAAGGGAGCUUAUUGACGACGAUGACGAAGUGGACGACGAUCACGACUCCUUGUACAGCUCUUCCGAUGCGUCCGCCACCCACACUCACACAGAUGACGAUGACAUUAGCUAUGACAGUGAUGCUAGCGAUGUCACCCUGCCACCUCCACAAACACCUGUGGACGAUGAUGCCAGCGCCUACGACGACAACAAUUCCGUAGAUGACGCUGAUGAAAAUGAUACUACUCACAGCAAUGAUUCUGACACUGAUGAUCCCGAUAACGACCAGCCUCCCGACAACGCCGGCAUCCUGCCCGCAGGAGUGAAUGAACAUCAGCUGCAACAACACCAACCACAGUUCCCUGAUGAAAACACAGGAGUGAAUGCCAGAAACACAGGAGUGGACGCCAGAAAUACAGGAGUGGGCAGGGGAAACACAGGAGUGGACGCCAGAAAUACAGGAGUGGGCAGCAUAAGCACACAAAUGGACCCCCAAGAUGGCGGUUCCACAACCAGUGAUGACAGUGACUACAGUUCGGAAGAUGAUGACGCCCGAGAACAAGCUGCCGCGGACACACAACUGGAUGAAUUGAUCGAAGAGAUCCAACAAGAGGUGCAACAGGAAGUACAAGAACUUCAGAACUUGACCCAAAAUCAGAAUCAACAACAAAUCAAUGAUGACAUGGAUAGAGCGUAUGGUGAAAGAGGACAUGGAAGGAACCUUCGUCCCAGAAAAUACCCAACAACUCAUGGAGAUCACCAGGUCCUCAUCCAGGUUCCACACAGGGACGAACCUGUACCGGAAUACACAGAGAUGGUAACCUUGUUCCAUCAUGAAGUGGCUUUUCUAACAGAACAAAUGUCAGCAAAGAAAGGAUUGAAAGUGUUUGGAGAAUCAGGAGCAGAGGCCAUCGUGGCGGAGAUGCAUCAGAUACACUACAGGAAUGUGCUAUCGCCCAAGUACAGGAGCCAACUGACACCAGAACAAAGGAGGAACGCCUUGAGAUACCUAAUGUUCCUGAAGGAAAAGAGAUGUGGAAAGGUCAAGGCCCGCGGAUGCGCCGACGGGCGCCGCCAACGUCUCUACAAAACAAAGGAAGAGACAUCCGCGCCGACUGUACGCACCGAGUCCUUCAUGAUCACGUGCGCAAUUGAUGCCAAAGAAGGCCGCAAGGUCAUGACAAUCGACAUUCCUGGAGCAUUCAUGCAGGCUGAUACAGACGAGAUUAUCCACGUCAAGUUCGAAGGGGAGAUAGCCGAACUACUAACAAAAGUUGACCCAGCCCUUUACACUAAAUACGUUGCAUAUGAAGGAAAGAAGCCGGUCAUCUAUGCACAGCUGAACAAGAACCUCUACGGGACCUUGCAAGGAGCGUUGUGCUGGUGGAAGAACCUUUCUGGGUUCCUGGUGGACGAAUUGGGGUACGAGGCCAACCCGUAUGACAGCUGCGUUGUCAACAAGAUGAUCAAUGGAAAGCAAUGCACCAUCAUCUGGCAUGUCGACGACUUGAAGGUUUCCCACAUGGAGCAAGAAGUCCUUGAGGAUAUUGCAUCUAGACUGAGUGAAAGGUACGGAAAGGAGGCACCCCUCACAAUCCAGAGAGGUGACGUGCACGAAUACCUUGGGGUCACGAUCGAUUUCAGCGAAAAAGGAAAGGUAAAGUUUUCCAUGGAUGAUUACGUCGACAGGUUACUCGAAGAAACCCCAGAGGAUAUGAAAGGACUGGCUACAUCACCGGCCGCCAAUCAUCUAUUCCAAGUCAAGAAUGAGCCGGUAUUGUUGGACAGCAAGAGGGCCGAACUAUUCCACCACAUUACGGCAAAACUUUUAUACCUAUGCAAGAGAGUCAGAGGGGACUUAAUGACUGCAGUUGCAUUUUUGACAACCAGAGUCUCCAAGCCAGACGAAGACGAUUAUGCAAAAUUGGGCCGAUCCAUCAAAUAUUUGAGAGCUACCAAGUACAUGCCCCUGACAAUUGAGUUGGACGACAAGUUUGUCAUGCAAUGGUGGGUGGACGCGUCCUUCGCAGUUCACAAGGACAUGAAGAGCCACACUGGUGCUGUAUUGACCAUGGGUAAGGGCGCCAUCAUCGCUAUCUCAACCAAGCAAAAGAUCAAUACCGACAGUUCGACUGUAGCAGAGUUGGUUGGAGUACACGAUGCACUACCUAUGAUCAUGUGGUCCAGAUACUUCAUCAUUUCACAAGGAUACGAAGUAGUCGACAACAUCAUCCACCAGGACAAUCAGAGCGCCAUGCUGCUGGAGAAGAAUGGAAGAUCAUCUUGCGGCAGGAAGACAAGAGCCCUCGACGUGCGAUACUUUUCUAUUACUGACAAGAUCAAGAGUGGAUUCAUGAGAGUACUUCACUGCCCGACAGCCAAAAUGCUGGGAGACUUCUUCACCAAGCCUACGCAGGGAACACUGUUCCGCACAUUCAGAAACCUCAUUAUGAACCCUUCCGACCAAUACUCCUAA